CAGUGUACUCUCUCUCUCUCUCUCUCUCUCUCACACACACACACACACACACACACACACACCUCUCUCUCUCUCUCUCGCUCUGUCUCAGCGCUCUUAUACACUACACACAUUACAUUACACUACAGUACAUUACUGCUGCUGGACUUUGGCUUGGACUCAUCUGGCACAUGGACGAGAUGUUUCUCUCUUAUUUUCUUCUUUUGAAUGCCAUUACAGAUUUGGAGUUUACAUAUUACAGAUUUUUUUAAUUAUUAUUUUAUUUCAUUUUUAUUUUUAUUUUUAUUUAUUUAUUUUUUUUUUUUUACAAAAUGUUUUGCUUUGAAGGCGCGCGGCUGAUUUGCGAAGUCCCGGAAACGGACAGCAUCACUUUCUUCUAGCUUCUAGACGCGUAACCUUGUAGUUCACACACUGUUCUCGGGUCAGUCCUAGAACCGGAAAAGGACCGGAGACAAAAUUAUUUAUCAACAUGAAUGAAUGAAUCAAUAAAUAAACAAACAAAUCAUUAAAGCUCGGCUCCAGAGUUUCCGGAUCAGGAUCUUCCGCGAAUGCGCGCGGGUUUCUUGGAAAUCUCUUGAAAAUUCACGGAUAUGUGUGUCUGAGUCUGAGUGUGUACAGUACGCGCGUGCGUAACGUUGCGAUUUAACGCACGCACACACACACACACACACAGAGACACGCGCGGAGUUUCAAGGAGUACGCCGCGUGCAGCGCGUGCGUCCACGGAUUCUCGUUCUCCGUUCCCGGGAAAGGCAGUAUGAGCUCGGUGCAUGCGUGUCCGUCUCCACCGGCUUUCCUCAGUCCCUAAGCAAAGGACAUAAAGUGUGUUCUUGACGGACACACACACACACACACACACACACACACACACACACACACAGACAAACAGAGAGAAUUAAAGUGGUGCUUGGAUGUGUACUAUGCCAGAAUGGGUCCGCUAGCGUGGCUCUUCCUCUGCGGAUUAUUUCACUCACAGGCUGGGGGAUCUCGUCUGCGGCAGGAGGAUUCGCCGCCCCGCAUCGUGGAGCAUCCUUCUGACCUGAUCGUGUCCAAGGGCGAACCCGCCACCCUCAACUGCAAGGCCGAGGGGCGGCCCACGCCCACGGUGGAGUGGUACAAGGACGGCGAGAGGGUCGAGACAGACAAAGACGACUCUCGGUCCCAUCGCAUGCUGCUGCCCACCGGCUCCCUCUUCUUCCUGAAAAUAGUCCACGGCCGCCGGAGCAAACCGGAUGAAGGAUCGUACGUCUGCGUGGCCCGUAACUACCUCGGGGAAGCAGUGAGUCGUAACGCCUCCCUGGAAGUAGCAUUGCUGAGGGACGAUUUCAGACAGAACCCCACGGACGUCGUGGUCGCUGCGGGAGAGCCGGCCAUUUUGGAGUGCGUUCCACCUCGCGGUCAUCCGGAGCCCACCACUUACUGGAAAAAGGACAAAGUUCGGAUCGACGAGAAAGAUGACAGGAUUAAGAUUCGCGGAGGCAAGCUGAUGAUCACAAACGCACGAAAGAGUGACGCAGGCAUGUACGUGUGUGUGGGAACCAACAUGGUGGGAGAAAGAGACAGUGAGACAGCUCAGGUCACUGUUUUCGAACGGCCCACGUUCCAGCGGAGGCCGAUAAACCAGGUGGUCCUGGAGGAGGAAGCGGUGGAGUUUCGUUGUCAGGUGCAUGGAGACCCUCAGCCCUCUGUCCGCUGGAGGAAAGACGACAUGGACGUUGCACGUGGAAGGUAUGAUAUCAGGUUUGAUAAGGAGGAGUACGUUUUGCGGAUAAAGAAGGCAUUAGCAGCUGACGAAGGAACCUUCACCUGCGUAGCAGAGAACCGUGUGGGUAAAGUGGAGGCCUCGGGGACUCUCACGGUGAGAGCUCGCCCCGUCGCGCCACCGCAGUUUGUGAUCCGACCGCGGGACCAGAUCGUGGCUCAGGGUCGCACGGCGACGUUCCCAUGUGAGACCAAGGGGAACCCUCAGCCUGCCGUGUUCUGGCAGAAGGAAGGCAGCCAGAACCUGCUGUUUCCCAACCAGCCGCAACAACCCAACAGCCGCUUCUCCGUCUCACCCAGCGGAGAUCUGACCAUCGCGGGCGUGCAGCGAGCAGACGGAGGCUACUACAUCUGCCAGGCACUGACGGUCGCUGGCAGCAUCCUCGCCAAAGCUCAACUGGAAGUGACAGAUGUGUUGACAGACAGGCCACCGCCAAUCAUCAGGCAAGGCCCAGCCAAUCAGACCCUGGGGGUGGACAGUAUAGCUGUUCUAAAGUGCCAAGCGUCCGGGGAGCCUGUACCCACCAUCAGCUGGCUGAAGGAUGGAGUGAGUCUGCUGGGUAAAGAUCCACGCAUGUCCCUGCAGGAGCUGGGCAGCCUUCAGAUCAAGAACACACGGCUUUCUGAUUCUGGGAUCUACACCUGUGUGGCUGCUAGCUCGAGCGGCGAAACGUCAUGGAGCGCCUUCCUGGAAGUGAAAGAAUCCGGUGGGAUGGUACUGAUUAAGAACAGAGAAGAGGGUGAACUUCCUGGUCCGCCCUCCAAACCUCAGGUCACUGACGUCACCAAGAACAGCGUGUCUCUGUCCUGGCAGCCGGGCCUGGUCGGGGCCUCGCCCAUCACUUCAUAUGUGAUUGAAGCAUUCAGCCAAUCUGUGAGUAACAGCUGGCAGACGGUUGCGGAUCACGUUAAAACCACCCAGUUCACCAUUAAAGGCCUCCGACCCAAUACCAUCUACCUGUUCAUGGUGCGUGCCGUCAACACACAGGGCCUGAGUGACCCGAGUCCCAUGUCUGAACCAGUGCGUACCCAAGAUAUCAGUCCUCCAGCGAAGGGUGUAGAUCACAGGCACGUACAGAAAGAGCUCGGUGAGGUCAUCGUCCGGCUACACAACCCCGUGGUCCUCAGCCCCACUACCAUUCAGGUCACCUGGACCGUGGACCGCCAGUCUCAGUUCAUCCAGGGCUACAGAGUUUUGUACAGGCAGACGUCGGGGCUGUCCUCGCCGGGGCCGUGGCAGACCCAGGACGUGAAGGUUUCCUCGGAGAGGACCAUCGUGCUCUCGUCGCUGAAGAAAGGCAUCAUGUACGAGGUCAAAGUCCGACCGUACUUCAACGAGUUUCAGGGAAUGGACAGCGAAUCCAAAACAACGAGGACCGCCGAAGAACCUCCCAGCGCUCCACCACAGCAGGUGACGGUCCUCACAGUGGGAAAUCAGAACAGCACCUCCAUCAGCAUCUCCUGGGACCCGCCUCCUUCCGAGCACCAGAACGGCAUCAUUCAGGAGUACAGGAUCUGGUGUUUGGGGAACGAGACCCGUUUCCACGUCAAUAAGACGGUGGACGCGGCGAUCCGCUCGGUGGUGGUGGGCGGACUGCAGGCUGGCUUGCUGUACCGGGUGGAGGUGGCGGCAAGCACCAGCGCAGGAGUCGGAGUGAAGAGCGAACCUCAGCCCAUCAUCAUCGGUAAAGAUUUCCGAGAUGUGAUCGUGAGCGGGGACAAGAAUAACAGCAUCACGGAGCAGAUCACGGACGUGGUGAAGCAGCCGGCGUUCAUCGCGGGGAUCGGUGGAGCAUGCUGGGUAAUCCUCAUGGGCUUCAGCAUCUGGCUGUACUGGAGGAGGAAGAAGAGGAAAGGACUCAGUAACUACGCUGUUCAGUCGUUCACCUUCACCCCGGCAGUAACGUUCCAGCGUGUUGACGGAGGCUUGAUGAGCAACGGAAGUCGUCCUGGUAUCCUAAAUGCCGGCGAGGCGAGUUAUCCUUGGCUAGCGGACUCCUGGCCGGCCACCAGCAUGCCUGUUAACAGCAGCUCCGGAGGACCCAGCGACCUCGGUAACUUCGGACGUGGAGACGUCAUGCCUGCCGGUCAGACGGAUAAAACGGGUACCAUGAUGUCUGACGGCGCCAUCUACAGCAGCAUCGACUUCACGACUAAGGCAGGAUUUGGCAGCGCGAGCCCGGCGUCGCAGGCCACUCCGUACGCCACCACGCAGAUCCUCCACUCCAACAGCAUCCACGAGCUGGCCGUGGAUCUGCCCGAGGCCCAGUGGAAGAGCUCGCUGCAGGCCAAACAGGAAAUGACCAACCUGGGCUACUCACUACCCGAUAAGACCUCCUGCAACAACACACUCCUUUUCAUUCCCGACUACCGAUUGGCUGACGGAUUGUGCAAUAGAAUGCCACACAACCAAUCACAGGAUUUCAGCACCACCAGUUCCCACAAUAGCUCAGAGAGGAGCGGCAGUCUGUCAGGUGGAAAAGGAGGGAAGAAGAAAAAGACCAAAGUAGGAGCCAAACCCACGAAGACCAACGGCUCCAACUGGGCAAACGUCCCGUUACCACCUCCUCCUAUCCAUCCUCUACCGGGCACGGAGCUGGAGCACUACACCACCGAGCACCAUGAAGGAGGAGGCUAUGACAGUGAUGGUUGGGGACACCCUCUGCCCAUGCAGACGUACCUACACCAGGGACUGGAGGAUGAGCUGGAGGAAGAGGAGGAGCGUGUGCCAACUCCACCCGUCCGCGGUGUGGCGUCAUCUCCGGCAGCCAUGUCCUUCGGGAAGCAGUCCACGGCGACGCUGACUCCGUCCCCUCGAGACGAGAUGCAGCCCAUGCUGCACGGACAUCUGGACGAGCUCGCGCGGCAGUACCAGCUGGACAUGGCCAAGCAAACAUGGCACAUGCAGGGAGGCCCGUAUCCUCCUCAAGCCCCUGCUCCUCCCGUGGGCUACAUGUCCAGCACCCUCAUGUCCGACAUUGAAACAGAUCUCGCUGACGAAGACGAGGAUGAUGAUGAGGAAGAGGAGGAGGACGAGGAAGAUGAAGGUUACAAGAUGUCACCACCGCCGCACCGGUGCAUUGAAAACACACCAGGAUCCAGCAUGGACAACUUGGACAGCUCUGUAACAGGAUCCAUGGUGAAUGGGUGGGGCUCAGCAUCGGAGGAGGACGACCGGCCCUUUUCCAGCCACAGGUCCAGUGCGGGGAGCUCCUCCGACGGCUCUCUGUUCACCCACUGCAGCUUUGCCCGUGCGUUGGCAGCGGCCGCCGAUAAGGCAGGCUACCGCCUGGAUGGCACCAGCCUCACCAAGAGAGAUCAAUGCCUGGCCCUGAGGGCUCGCCCAGCCAGUCCGUUCUCUACAGACGGCAGCACUGUGGGGACGCACAGCCUCGGCCACCAGCGGGCAGCACGGCCCACUCGCAAAAACAGAGGACCAGGUACGGCUGUGCACCGCAGGGAUGCUAAUGCUGAUGACCUACCUCCACCUCCAGAGCCCCCGCCGUGCCAGGGCCUGCGUGCCCAGGGGCCGAGGAGCGUAGGAAACGUAGGCAGCCCUGGAGAACAGAAGGCCUCGUCUCUGGAGAGGCAGCAUAUGGCUGGCCGGGAUGAGGUGAAGAGCUCUCUGGAGAGGCAGACACGUACGUCUCUGGAGCGCCACAGACAUGGCCAAGAACGACUCGGCUCCAUGGAGAGAGCGGACGAGGCCAGGAGAGCACAGAAGAACGGCCCUGUUUCAGAAGAGGCCAUGCUACCCUAUAGCAAACCAUCGUUCCCAUCCCCUGGGGGUCACAGUUCAUCUGGAACCACGUCCUCCAAAGGAUCGACGGGUCCUCGUAAAGGAGAGGGGUCACGAGGUCAGCACCAGCGCUCCAACGCCGAGCACGGCGACUCCGGCUACAUCGGGACCAACGGCCAGGGACAGUACUCCGGAGAGUUAUAGUGAGAAGCUGUGGAUCGAAGCUGGAAUUUAAAAAACAAAAAAGAAAACGCUUUUUCCUGCUUCGGAGACGCCUCGGAGAGCCGCUCGGCGCAACGGACCGGCGUCAGAAGGAAGAACCGAUCCCACAGAAGGUGAAGACGGAAACGACAUAUUGUAAAUGUGAUGUAAAGACAGACAGUCCCGCGAUGUUGAUUUUGAUGUUUUCUGUCCUUUUUUCAAGAACAAAUGAAAUACUUUCAAACACUUCAAUACUGACAGCCAUUCAUCCAGAGAAGAAGAAGAAAAAAAUGUUUAAAAAAAAAAAACAAAGAAGAAUCUCAUUUUGAGUCUUUUAGUGAACUGGGGGGAAAAAAGGGGGAACACAUUUCCUGUAAAUAUGAGAUUUCUCAUUGAAAAUCGUUAUUGCAUGGCUAUGCAAGCCGGAUUCCGUUCGCUCACGUCUCCAUUUGUAGUAUAUGUGGAUUGAAAUUUGAAAUUUGGCAGGCCGUGGUGCCAUAACGAUUUCAUGGAUUUCUUCAUCCGUCUGUCGUUUUUUUUGUUUGUUUGUUUGUUUGUUUAAUUGUUGUUAUUAUCGGAACGAUUUUCUUUUGCACUGCAAUUUUGGUGAAAAGCACAAAAAUAAAUAAAUAAAUAAAUAAAACAUCGCUCCCGCUGACAUGAAGCACCGGGGGAGAGGAGAUUAUAUGAUGACGAGUUGCUGUACUGUAAUUAGAGGAAAAAGAAAAAAAUUAUAUAGCCAUGUACAGAGAUAUAUUAAACUAGGCCUGUGUGUUCAGUGCAGGGUUUGUGGAGAGGCUUCGAGGUGUUAUUUGCAGCAAAGGCGUGUUCCUGAGGCUAUGACGGAGAGACAGGAAACAUGCCUGAAUAAACCUUUUCGAAUAAACUUCAAAUCCAAAAAGUUCAAAUACACCACUGAGCCAAAACGUUAUCACCGCCUGCCUAAUACGCCGUCGCUCCUCCGCGUGCCGCCAAAACAGCUCCGAGCUGCCGAGGCAUGAACUCUGCAAGACCUCUGAAGGUGUGCUGUGGUUUCUGGCACCAAGACGUUAGCAGCAGAUCCUUUACGUCGUGGAGCACUGUGGAUCGGAUUUGUUUUUCCGGCACGUUCCACAGAUUGAGAUCUAAGGAAUUCGGAGGCCGGGGCAACACCUUGAACUCUUUGUUGUGUUCCUUAAACCGUUCCUGAACCCUUUCCUGGUCCUCAGUGAUGCGUAUGUUGGUGGUGUGUGUCAAUCUGACGUCCACAUGAAUGCCCAGACCAGAACAUUGCUCAAAACAUCACACUGGCUUGUAUUCUUCCUACAGUGCAUCCUGGUGCCAUCUCUUCCCCAGGUAAACGCGACAAACAUACUCUGCCCUCCACGUGGAAAUGGGGCUCAUCUUCCAUUACUCCAAGGUCCAGUCGCUCAGGUCUGUACACCUGCCCAUUUCCCCCGGGUUCGACUACGAGAACCGACCUACUGUUCGCUUACUAUCUAAUUCAUCCCAGACCUUGACAUGAGUGGUCAUGAUGUUUUAGCUCAUUGGUGUAUCAUAACAGAACGAACGUCAUUGAGUCGCGUAACACUCAGCUCGCCGCUGUUCUUCACUGUUUGCUCGUUUGUGUAUGACGGUCUCUCUCUCUCUCUCUCUCUCUCUCUCUCUCAUCAAUAACAUCAGCAAACAUCAAGUGGACAAUGUUGAGGGAUGACGAUUGUGUCAUAAGCUUUCCAGCUAUUUAUGAUCAUUUCAUUUGAAUAGUUUUUUUUUUUUGGUUUCUUUCCGAUUCCUCCUCUGAAAGACGGAUCACUGAGCACAUAACACGAGCGAUUUACAAGCCAUAUGAACAAGAAUAAAGUGUAUGUUUUUAAAGAGUAAAUCAUACACGUCUCCUGUUUUAGUGCUUUCGCAAAAACGACGGCGUGCUGAGCUUCGUGGAAAGCGUGUCUCUUCAACAACGCAGCUGGAGAGCCACUUAGGACAAUUAUUUCGUGAUUUUAUUUAUUUUUUUGGCGUACGUGUCGAAACGCCAAUUCAUCACGCGUCAGUCUUACACACGUUGUGGUGCGAAUUUGUGAAUUGCGAGUUUCGUGAUUCCAUACAGAACACUAAUGACUAACGCUGAAUGAAUUGUUUUAUAAUCAAAUCAUAUUUAUUCCUGGAUUUUAUUUUGAAAGCACUUAUUUUUCUUGUUUACAUCCAACACGAUGAUGAUGAUGAUUUUACUGAAGACCAAAUUCCAGCCCCGUCGUCUUUGAUACGUCUUUUAUCUAUGCAGAGAAUCGUCACCCGAACGUGUAUGCAUGCGGAUUAGCGGCGUAGGUCUGCAUUAGACGUAACGACACAUUAGCAUGCUUUAGCGUCCGUAUAGCUAUUACGAUAUCACGAUCACGAUGCACUCUCGAGUCACGAUGAUGUAUAAUCUCUGAACCGCGUGCCGGGGAAUCUGCAGUAAUGGCCGAUCUCUCACUGCCGACCAAUCACACGGCGUUUCAAAUGAUUCUUUUAGUUUUUAAGUAUUUUGUCAUUUCCUUUGUGUGUGUGUGUGUGUGUGUGUUCUAAGGGAUUAAUUUAUGUAAAAUUGUACAAAAUGUUGCUUAAAAAAAGCUGGAUUCAUUUUUUUUUUUUUUAAACUGUCGAGCCUUCAGGAGAGUAAUCUGGUAUAAUGACUGUUUCGUUUCUCUCAUUUUUUAAAAAUAUAUAUACACACGACACUAAUCGGGUUUUAACGCUUUCUCCGACUGACUGUUGUCCCGUCCCGUUUACGUUGCUCUCAGAACGCCAUAUUUUCCGUUUUUUAGUGCGCGGUUAUUUGGAAAAAUGAGGUGCGGAGAGUAUCUCAGGUUAUUUUACAUAUAUUUUGGUGGUGUCCUGUGUGUGUGUGUGUGUGUGUGUGUGUGUGUGUGUGUGUGCGUGUGUGUGCGUGCGUGUGUAUAUAUGUGUAUAUAUUCAUGUGUAUCCUCACACAGACGGCCAUUUCAAGUUUGCUAAUGAAAUUUCUUCUUCAUGUGUCCAAUGGGCUUCUGUAUUUUUAUUUAAAAAUUGUUUUUGUUUUUUUUUUCAUUCUUUUAAUUUAAUUUUUCCCCUUAUUCACGGUGGAUUGCCUUGUUGUGUCAUCGAAAAAUGUGCCGGUUCACUUUAUGUCCAUAAAAACAAAGAUGUCAGUUACAGAAACAUACCAAAAUUAAUAUUGAUAUUUCUAACGUCUAAUGCUUAUAGUGUCUUUUUUAAUGCUAAUGUUUUUUUUUUUUUCUUUAAAAAAAAAAUAAUAAAUAAAGGGAACAGUG